AUUUUACUUCAGACUUCAGGUAAAAACGUUAACAUAAACAUCAAGAUGGCUACAACAAAUACAUCAAGUGCGACAGCACAAAAUGCACAAAACAGAAGAGCACAGGUGAUGAUCGGGGAACUCCCUAAUGAUUUCCUACGAGUCUCCUACAACAACACACAGCAGCAAGUUAUGGGGGAUGAACGCAUUGCCCAGAUCCUCCAAGCUCAGCAGCAAGCUGGGUUCAUGGCCCCCAUCCCCGCUAACAUACAGGGACGUCUCAGUCUAACGGUUGUACAGGCUAAACUAGCAAAGAAUUAUGGAAUAACAAGAAUGGAUCCCUAUGUCCGAAUCAGAAUUGGUCACUCUGUAAUAGAGACUCCUACAGCUUACAAUGGAUCAAAGAAUCCACGCUGGAACAAAGACAUCAAUUUGUAUCUUCCCCAUGGAGUUGAUUCUAUGUAUUUAGAGAUUUUUGAUGAGAAACAGUUUACAAUGGAUGAUCGCAUUGCUUGGGCAUAUAUUACCAUUCCUCAAUCUGUCCUUAAUGGGGAUACUGUGAAUGAGUGGUUCCCCCUGAGUGGUCGUCAAGGAGAUGAGAAGGAAGGCAUGAUUAAUCUAGUUAUGUCACUAAGCGAGGUACAGCAACCAGCAGUACAAUCCACCACCCCCAUUCUUUACCAGCAGCCUGUUGUGUACUACCCACAACCUAUAGGAGGGUUCCCUAUUGCAGUUCAACCUGUACCUGCUGGAAUGCCAGCUUACCCUCAACAAGGGGGGACCCCCCAACCACAGCGCCCUCUAUACACAGAGGAGGACUUCAAGCAGGUUAAGGACAUGUUCCCAAAUAUGGAGGAUGAGGUCAUAAGGUCAGUGCUGGAGGCCAACCGUGGUAAUAAGGACACAACAAUCAACUCCCUUCUACAGAUGAACAGUGAUUGAGACCAAUGUCCAAUUAAAACCAGACUUUGUUUUAUAGGGGGAAAAAACCAGUGCUACUAAAAUUAUAAAAUGUCUUUAAUAAUAACUGUAUUAGUUUUCACAAUGAAAUAUUUACAGGUAGUUUAAAGUAUAGAGUAAUCGGUUAAUGAUAUAUACAUGUAAUCAUAUAAUUGUAAUUGUAGCAGCCAGAGCCGUAUGAAUUUUUUUUUACGACAGUAACAUGAAGUGCUACUUGUAGUCUGUGUAGCCUUUAUCUUAUCUUCUCUAUUAAUUGAUAUGAUGCCAUUCUAGAUACCAUAAUUUACCGGUUUGUCUAAAGUUGUAAUGUAGUAAAGUUCAGCUGAAUUAUAUAUAGGUACAUGUAAAUGAUUCCAUUCAUAGUGUUAUUUUAUUCAACGUAGAUGUAAUUACUAAACAUGUACAUCUAAUACAAUACAAUGAAUUACUUUAAUAGUUUAUCAUUCAACAUAGGUGUAAAACAGACUCUGUCUGUCUGUGGCAUAAUUUUGUUUACAUUGUUGUUUUGUUAUAUGUGUUGUGUGUUUGGAUCAUUUCUGGGAAUGAUAGUUUCUGACUGUGAUAUAUAAGAGGAGUGCAUGUCAUACAUUUCUGCAGAGCAGGAUGAUUACUUAAUGAUUAAACUUUAAAAUUCAAAACCA